AUGCCUCCGCGAAAACAAACCGAAAGUACAGGCAAGGGGAGGCGGAAGCCUGUGCGCCGUGACCCUGAGAAGAGGCGACAGCAGAACAUCCAAGCUCAGAGAAGAUAUCAUACCCACCCUCGAUCAAUGCAGGCAGCACGACAGAAACUCCGUGAGCGUUUGGAUCGGCUCGAAGCGCUCGCUGCACAGAAUCAGGGCAGCGGUGCUCUUUCAGUGGCUCCAUCUACAAGUCCAUCAUCUGGGACGGGAGUAUUGUGCAGUUCGACUGCCUCUCCAGGCCAUAAUAUCCCCCCAGAUAUCCCGGUGCUUCCAGCUUCUAACUCAUCAACUCUAUCCACGGGUAGAGACUGUGGACAAUUUUAUCCUCAGCUCGAGGUUACCCCAUCGGAUCUGGGCUUGUGGGACCCUUCGGCAUAUAACCCACUAGCAAAUGAUCCGGCAAUGCUUAGUAUGUGGGAUUCCACUACAUUAUCUUUGCAGCCAAACGACACCCUUUGGUAUCCGACGCCAAACGAUCAACAAUCAAACUCUACACAGUCAGAUGAAAUUACAUGGGACCCUAUAUCUCAUGGUCUACAUAGUUCUCUAUCCUCGCCAGCAGUAUCAAAUGUUUCUAGAUCUAAAGUACUGAGCAACUGUUCGCUCCCUUCCACCAAGAUACACAACGACCCGCUAGGUUUAUCCUGGACGACCACAGUCCACUGUCGCUGUUCGAAACCGCACUUCCAAGUCCAAUCUUGUCGCUCACACAACUCUGCCAUAGGUCGGGUUAAGAUACUCACGGUGGAACCGAGUUCACCUAUCGCAGAUCCAUACGCCAACAAUCUUCGGGUUGACCAACUCUGCACACUAACAGCCCUAUACUCGAUCGCAAUGCAUAUCGAAAUAUCCCAAGACGUAUUAUGUAACGAUGACUUGCGCUCCCCAUUCUUCCAGUCUAGUGCAACAUUCGAAGACGCGCUGGGUAAAACAAACAUGGUUACCGCGGUUAAGAAAAGGUUCAAAACAUUAAAGCCCGAUAUGAGACCGACCCACGAACAAAUCACCAUCGAUCAUCACCCAUAUAUUGAUAUCAUUCCCUUUCCGGGACUCCGGAAUAACCUUAUCAAGCACCAGGGAGAAUUUAACGAGGAUGAAUUCUUCUUGGACUUGGUUACAGGGCUAGUGUGCUGGGGAGGCGCAGGAGCUCGGGAGAGAGAUCAAAAUGCCUCUGCUGGGAAGGUCUCUACAGGCACGCCGUGGGACCCUCGCAGCUGGGAGGGCCAGCAAUGGUUUGUACAAAAGUACUGGAAUUUAUUAGGUGGUGAAGAGGGGGACCUUGUUAGACAAACCGAGUGGUGGCGCAAUAUGAGAGGGGAUGAUCCACUGGAUAUAGUAGAGGAUAUAUAA